AGACGAACUAUCUGUCAAAGUCUACGGCCGCAAAAAAGGCGGAGCAAAACCCAUCAAAACCCUCGUUCGUCGCCGCCGCCGCCGCCGCCGCCGUAGCUCGCCGGCGAAGAAGCCCUGAAGACUUCGAUACGCACUAGUAGACGGAGCCCGAGCACCCUACCUCAUGGCGCUCUUCCUGCGUCGAGGCGCGGCCCUUGCUGCCCGCUCCAUCCGCGCCGCCGCCUCCUCCUCCGCUUCCACCUCCGUCCACCGCCUGCCGUCCGUCGGAUCCCUUGCCGGCGCGGGGGAGUUGGCCCCCACGAAGCUCUUCCUACUGGAGGCCCGGAGAGGCUUUGCGAAGGGGAAGAAAUCGAAGGAUGAUGGUCGAGGUGAUACCGUUCAAGACACCCCUGACAUUGGACCGACUGUCAAAUCGGCUGCGACACAGCAGAUGGAAGCAGCUGUUGUUGCGCUGUCACGAGAACUUAGUAAAUUACGAACAGGAAGAGCUUCCCCUGGUAUACUUGAUCACAUCAUGGUGGAGACUGCAGAUGUUAAGGUUGCGUUGAAUCACAUAGCUGUUGUUUCUGUCCUUGAUGCACAUACCCUGUCGGUGAUGCCUUACGAUCCGAGUUCAAUGAAGUCUAUCGAGCAUGCAAUUAUCUCAUCUCCAUUGGGCAUUAAUCCAACACCUGAUGGCAACAGGAUCAUUGCAAACAUCCCUCCGUUGACAAAGGAGAAUAUACAGGCACUGUGUAAGGUCGUCACUAAAUCUGCGGAGGAUUUCAAACAAAGUAUUAGACGAGCGCGCCAAAAGGCACUUGAUACGAUAAAGAAAUCUGCGUCUGGUAUGCCAAAGGAUGAUGUAAAACGGCUUGAGAAGGAGGUUGAAGAAUUGACCAAGAAGUUCAUAAAGUCAGCAGAUGAUAUGUGCAAGGCUAAGGAGAAGGAAAUCUCUGGAAACUGAGCAUAUUAAUCUGGCAGAAGCUUUUAGUUUGCCUUACACAACUUUGGUAACAAGGAGUUCACGGGCUGCAAUUUCUGCAGCAGCCGGGCGGAUAUUUUUUGUAUGUGCACGUUGUAACCAUGAUGCUAGAAAUUCGAAACAAUCUGAUGCCAAGGGCGAGCAAGGCCGUCAGUAAUUGUGACGAAGCAUUGAUUCUGUUGCAAGGCCGUCAGGAAUUCACGAA